UAUCAGUCCCCUUGUCCUUGCUCCUGUCCACUCACUAAUCCGCCUAUAUCAUCCCGUUCAAUGUAUUGAUAAAAUAUUGGGAUUGAUUGGCCCCUGUCGUUCGUUAUCAAUCCCCAUGCCUACACGACGUAAUAUUCCUACUCAUUCUCUCCUUUCCCCCGGCGAUUAUGAUGAAGAUGCCGAGUCGUUGCGAUCGCCGUCAGAGCAGGACUCUGACUCCGAAGAUGACGAGUUUCUCCGCCGGUCUCGAACCACGUUGGAAUUAGCUGAGCAUGAUCGUACCGUGCUGAAUGAUGAGGAAGAAACGGAGAAGCUAUUAAUUAGGGGAGGCCCGACUUACGGUCUGCGGCGAAUCUUUAGCUCCAGCAGCGGAAGUGUAAAGAUCGGAAAACGAGAACGCCGACGGAAACGGCGGGAGGAAAGGAGAAAUGCGCGCAGAGGACAGCAUGAGAAAAUGACUGAUUCGGGGGAGUUGAUGUUCGAAAUGGAAGAGGGACAUCGGGAGGACGAUGAUAGCUCCCUUCUGAGCCGAUCAUCAUCCGAUCUGGACAGACAACUCAAGGAGUAUGCUGGCGAUGAGCGGCCUCAGCGCAUCUCGUGGCUUAAACUGGCCUUGGUCUUUGCCGCUAUCUUUGUUAUUUUCCUUAUAUUCCUCCUCGGAGCAUACAAAGCAUCAGCACCUUUCCGGACGUCCAACUUAUCCAGAGCACUACUGUCGAACGGUACUGCUCUCUUCGCGCCUACGACCAUUCUGAUCUCUCUUGAUGGAUUUCGAGCGGAUUUCCUUAAUCGUGGGUUAACCCCGACCCUCAACCAGCUCAUUGCCGAAGGCAUAUCGCCACAGUACAUGCUUCCCAGCUUUCCAAGUGUCACCUUUCCGAACCAUUUCACCCUCAUUACCGGAUUAUACCCUGAAAGUCACGGGAUUGUCGGAAAUACAUUUUGGGAUCCGGAGUUGCAGGAGGAGUUCUACUACACCCAUCCGUCAGUUAGUAUGCAGCCCAAGUGGUGGAACGCCGAGCCAUUAUGGAUGGCAGCCGAAAACCAGGGGAUAAAGACUGCCAUUCAUAUGUGGCCAGGCUCCGAAGCACACAUUGGCGGAGUUGAGCCGACAAUUCUCGAUAAGUUCAAUGGCUCGGAAGCGCUCCCUCGCAAAGUCAAUCGCAUCCUGGAAUAUCUUGAUAUGCCUGGUUUGGAGGAUGAGUCCGAAAUAGCCUUGGAGCGACCCCAGUUCAUUGCUGCCUAUGUUCCUAAUGUUGAUGCUGAUGGACACAAGUACGGACCUAACAGCACGGAGAUCCGGAGCACUAUCUCACAAGUGGAUGAUAUGCUGGGCAGUCUUUUCUCCGGUCUGCAGCAGCGAAACUUGACCGAGAUUGUGAACAUAGUGAUUGUUUCGGACCAUGGCAUGGCCACAACGGCAACCGAACGUUUGGUACAGCUGGAUGAUUUAAUCGACCUUAGCCUGGUGGAUCGCAUUGAUGGAUGGCCAUUGCGUGGGUUGCGUCCUAAACGCCCAGAAGAUCUUGGGUCUCUUCAGAACCAGCUGGCGAGUAUCGCUGUAAAUUACUCACAUGCUAUUGAGAUCUACACUCGUGAGACGAUGCCCGAGCGCUACCAUUUUACGAACAAUGACCGCAUCGCCCCUCUUUGGGUAAUUCCUAAAACCGGUUGGGCGGUGGUUGAACGGCCUGACUUCGACGUUCAUAGCGCCUUGGAGAAAGGAGAGGUGUAUCGCCCGAGAGGUGUCCACGGGUAUGAUCACGAACAUCCGCUCAUGCGGGCAAUCUUUAUCGCCCGAGGGCCUGCAUUUCCACAUCAACCAAACAGCCGCGUGGAAAUUUUCCAAAAUGUCAAUGUCUAUAACAUCAUCUGCGAUACUCUUGGUCUCGACCCACGUCCGAAUAAUGGAACGUUACGCCUGCCUCUGAAACCCGUGGGCCUCCAUUCGGAUGAAGACGCCUCAGCUCUUGAAACCCCCUCGGACCCUCCAGCUAGUAGCACCGCUGCAAUGGUAUCGCCUAGCGUGACACCGGUCGCUUCUUCUUCCAAAAGCCCAGUAGCUACCUCUCCAGCUGCUCCCUCAAUCCCGCCGAAGGAUGAGCCAGAAGAUGACACAGACAGCAAAGAUGAUCGCCCCUUUACCUGGUGGGAUACUCUCUGGGAUAAAAUUGAGGAUCUGAAGGACUGGGCGGGCGAUUUAAUUGAUACGGUGAAGGACAAUCUCCCUUAAUUCCGACGUUAUCCGCGAGCCACUCGACUCUACGAUAGCGGGAUAGUAUAUACUAGUUUUCUCUCAAGAUACCCACUUUCUCUGUAUUAGAUAAUAUAUAUAUGCUGUUGGAUAAUUCAAUCACUUGAUUAGCUCAAUAAUA